AUGAAGCCAUCUACUACUGUUAGUACAGGUGUUCCAGUCGCAGAUUCUGAGAUUGAUGUUAUUAAUGUUGUUGGUGAUGAGAUUGGUGAUGUGGACGAAUUAGCUGAAGGGGGAGAGUUGAGUGGUGGUAUUGAGCUGAGUAAAUCUGUAAAAGAAGUCUUGGUUGGCGAACUCAUAUCGAAUGUAGUUCUUCCUGAAGUUCCUAAGCUCUAUUUUGAUGCAGAUUUAAUUGUCAGUGAGAGUAUAGGUACGAGUAGUUGGGAAUCAGGUGAGCAGAAGGAAGGGGAGGAAGAGGAGGAGGAAAGUUCUUGGGCCAAUGCUCGGGUGGUUGAAGUGGAGAUGGGGGUAGUGCCAGAGGAUUAUGAACUGUUUGCCAUUAGGUAUCCGCUAGUAAGUUUUGAGCUAGACACUUUUCAAAAGCAGUGUCUUUACUAUCUAUCGCGAGGACAGAGUAUUUUUGUAACGGCCCAUACGAGUUCUGGUAAGACUCUGAUUGCGGAGUUUGCUGCUUACAUAGCUGAGGUUCACCAAACCAAAAUGGUGUACACUUCGCCUAUUAAAGCCCUGAGUAACCAAAAGUACCGCGAAUUUGCUGAGAAGUUUGGUAGUGUUGGUAUUCUUACGGGAGAUGCCCAGAUUAACAAUGGAGCUAAGUGUGUUGUAAUGACAACUGAGAUCUUGCGGAAUAUGCUUUACCGCGGCAGCAAUAUCUUAGAUAAUGUUGAGUUUAUUGUGUUCGAUGAGAUUCACUACUUGGGCGAUCGAGAAAGAGGAGUGGUCUGGGAAGAGGUUAUUAUUAUGCUGCCCAAACACAUUGUGCUUAUCUUUCUAAGUGCCACCAGUCCUAAUGCCAAAGACAUGGCCCAGUGGAUUUCAACCACCAAAGAGAAGGACAUCUACUUAAUAGGCACCGAAAAACGAGCCGUGGAGUUAGAGCAUGCUAUUUAUUUCCGGCGCGAACUCUACACGCUCUGCCAAGAAGGCAAAUUCUCACACGAAGAGUACAUUCGCGCUAUGAAAGCCGGGGCCACCAAUGUCUAUAAAGAGAAGCACAAAGAGCGUUUGGAGCAAGCCAAACAAAAAGCGCCUAUCCCCAAAAGCAAGCAAAAACCCGUUAAUGUUCUAGAAUCGCCCAUUCAUAUUGCCCGCGAUCUUAUUAGCCGUAACCUAGCUCCUAUUGUCUUCUUUGACUUCUCUAAGUCCCGUAUUGAGCAAUCCUUUUCGAUGUGCGAAAGCCUCGAUCUCACCACCUCCGAAGAAAAGCAGCUAAUCAAAGCAUUCAUUCAUGAUGCGCUGCAAAAGCUACCAACGGCCGAUCGAGAGCUUCCACAGCUAACCUUUGUCAUUCCAGGGCUUUUAAAAGGAGUUGGGCUGCACCAUUCCGGACUCUUACCCAUUCUUAAAGAGAUCAUUGAAAUGCUCUUUACUACUGGGGCUUUGCGUGUGAUCUUUGCCACCGAGACUCUAGCUAUGGGUCUAAACAUGCCAGCUCGCACAGUUGUACUUCGCACCCACAAAAAGUACAGCACCGAAACACACACGUAUAUUGACGUUAACACCAACGAAUACACCCAGAUGGCUGGUCGAGCCGGCCGACGAGGCUACGAUAUCAAAGGCACUGCUAUACUUGAAAUCACUGGCCAGGAGAUUCUUCCCGAAGAAACUCUCAUUCGUCUGCACACCGGCAAACCCUUUAAGAUAGAAAGCAAGUUCUAUAUCACGCCGCGCAUGAUUCUUAAACUCCUACGUGUUAAAGGCCUUUCCGUUGAAGAGAUGGUCCGGCUAAGUUUCAGUAAGUCUAAGAUCGAGUGCCAGCUCCGACAGCUCUUACAACAACAAAAGUCCCUACAGAAAGCAGCCAGCUGCCUGCUCAAUACUUGCGAGCACUGCACGACCCACCUCUACCCCUACUUCCAUGCUUACUUAUCCCAUCGCAAAUCACUCGCGUCCAUCUACCAAGCAUAUCUCCUUAGCAAAUACCCGGCCACCUCUAACUCCGCACCCUCUACUUCUUCAGCCAGCACCACUCCACCUUAUCUUGUCUUAACCCAAACUGGCUUUCUCUCCCAGCUAAUUACGCUCAACCAUUCCCGGCAACCAACUGCCCAGACUUUUAUGGUCCUUCAACCUCGCUACAAAGCCUUUACUCCACCCACUACCUCCCAAGCUUUCUCUUUAGACCGGCCCAUUGCAGCACUACUACAAGACCUAGAGCCCCUCCCUGACUCCACUCCUAGCCAAGAAGUUCCAAUUGACCAGCUUAUACUUCUUACCCAAGACAUGCAUACUCCAUUCUUAAUCAAGUUCCAAAACCCAACCCAAGCCGAAGAAAUGUCCCAAGUCCUCAGCCAAUGGACACUACUAACCACCACCCAUCCGGCCAACCAUUGUCCUAAUUUCAACCAGCACUACCACUCUUUCCUGCAAGAAUUCUACCUCCGCCUUCAAGUUGAACAAAUUGAUCGAGCUCUGCACAACGCCAACAGCACCAACUUAGCCGGCAACAAUUACUUUGGCUAUCUACUCUUCCUACAACAUCUUGAUUAUAUCGAUGAACUCAAGAACCUCAAGCUCAAAGGCAAAAUAGCCUGUGAAUUCAACACUAUUGAUUGCAUUCUAGCCACCGAAAUCCUCUUCUCCCCCGAAGUCACUUCUCUCCCCGCCGCCCAUCUCAUUAUUGCCGCUCUUUCCCUAACUUUCCAUGAGAAACACCAACUAGAAGAAGAUCCCCUCUAUCCAUCCGAGCUACCCCGCACAACACGAGUCAAGCUCCUUAAACCCGCCCUAGGUAUAAUCGACCAAAUCGUCUACUCGCUUACCCAUCUUUUCAAACAAUACCGAGUUCCCUUCCAAGCCCCCAAUCAUGCUUCCGCCGGCGAAAUACUCAUGUGGCUAGAAGGUUACUCCCUCAAAGAAAUCCUAGCAGCUUCACCCCUCUCCGAAGGUGUCAUUGUCAAGUACAUCAAAAAGGCCUCCGAAAUCUGCAGCGAGUUCUCCAUCGCAGCCAAAAUACUCGGUUCCACCGCCCUCGCUCAAGAAAUAGAGCAAGUCGAGGAAGGUCUCAAACGAGGCAUCGUUUUCACACCCAGUCUCUAUUAUGGCUAA